AUGUCUGCUUUGCAGGACUCUACUCUGGACUCUACGCUGGACUCUAUGCAUGACUCUACUCUGGACUCUACGCUAAACUCUAUGCAGGACUCUACUCUGGACUCUAAGCUGGACUCUACACUGGACUCUACGCUGGACUCUACGCUGGACUCUACGUUGAACUCUACGCUGAACUCUAUGCAGGACUCUACUCUGGACUCUACGCUGGACUCUACGCUGAACUCUACGCUGAACUCUACGCUGAACUCUAUGCAGGACUCUACUCUGGACUCUACGCUGAACUCAAUGAAGGACUCUACUCUGGACUCUACGCUGGACUCUACGCUGAACUCUACGCUGAACUCUAUGCAGGACUCUACUCUGGACUCUACGCUGAACUCUAUGCAGGACUCUACUCUGGACUCUAAGCUGGACUCUAUGCAGGACUCUACUCUGGACUCUACGCCGAACUCUACGCUGAACUCUAUGCAGGACUCUACUCUGGACUCUACGCUGAACUCUAUGCAGGACUCUACUCUGGACUCUACGCUGAACUCUACGCUGAACUCUACGCUGAACUCUAUGCAGGACUCUACUCUGGACUCUACGCUGGACUCUACGCUGAACUCUACGCUGAACUCUACGCUGAACUCUAUGCAGGACUCUACUCUGGACUCUACGCUGAACUCUAUGAAGGACUCUACUCUGGACUCUACGCUGGACUCUACGCUGAACUCUACGCUGAACUCUAUGCAGAACUCUACUCUGGACUCUAUGCAGGACUCUAUGCAGGACUCUACUCUGGACUCUAUGCUGAACUCUAUGCAGGACUCUACUCUGGACUCUAAGCUGGACUCUAUGCAGGACUCUACUCUGGACUCUACGCUGAACUCUACGCUGAACUCUAUGCAGGACUCUACUCUGGACUCUACGCUGAACUCUAUGCAGGACUCUACUCUGGACUCUACGCUGAACUCUACGCUGAACUCUACGCUGAACUCUAUGCAGGACUCUACUCUGGACUCUACGCUGAACUCUAUGAAGGACUCUACUCUGGACUCUACGCUGGACUCUACGCUGAACUCUAUGCAGAACUCUACUCUGGACUCUACGCUGGACUCUACGCUGGACUCUACACUGGACUCUACGCUGGACUCUACGCUGGACUCUAUGGUGAACUCUAUGCAGGACUCUACUCUGGACUCUACGCUGGACUCUACGCUGGACUCUACGCUGAACUCUACGCUGAACUCUAUGCAGGACUCUAUGCAGGACUCUACUCUGGACUCUAUGCUGAACUCUAUGCAGGACUCUACUCUGGACUCUACGCUGAACUCUACGCUGAACUCUAUGCAGGACUCUACUCUGGACUCUACGCUGGACUCUACGCUGAACUCUACGCUGAACUUUACGCUGAACUCUAUGCAGGACUCUACUCUGGACUCCACGCCAGACUCCACGCAGGACUCUACUCUGGACUCUACGCUGGACUCUACGCUGAACUCUACGCUGAACUCUACGCUGAACUCUAUGCAGGACUCUACUCUGGACUCUACGCUGAACUCUAUGAAGGACUCUACUCUGGACUCUACGCUGGACUCUACGCUGAACUCUAUGCAGAACUCUACUCUGGACUCUACGCUGGACUCUACGCUGGACUCUACACUGGACUCUACGCUGGACUCUACGCUGGACUCUAUGGUGAACUCUAUGCAGGACUCUACUCUGGACUCUACGCUGGACUCUACGCUGGACUCUACGCUGAACUCUACGCUGAACUCUAUGCAGGACUCUAUGCAGGACUCUACUCUGGACUCUAUGCUGAACUCUAUGCAGGACUCUACUCUGGACUCUACGCUGAACUCUACGCUGAACUCUAUGCAGGACUCUACUCUGGACUCUACGCUGGACUCUACGCUGAACUCUACGCUGAACUUUACGCUGAACUCUAUGCAGGACUCUACUCUGGACUCCACGCCAGACUCCACGCAGGACUCUACGCUGGACUCCACGCCGGACUCCACGCAGGACUCUACGCUGGACUCCACGCCGGACUCUACAUUGGACUCUACGCAGGACUCUACACUGGACUCUACACUGGACUCUACGCUGGACUUUACACUGGACUCUACACUGGACUCCACACAGGACUGGGGACUCUCAGACUGGUGUGUGGUCGGUCACCUGUGCCGUGGAGCCGUGGACCUUCUGCAGCAGCCUCUGAGUCUCAGGAGAGUCUGCUCCACACCUCACACACGCCCAGGACACGCCUGCAGAGAGUUUUCCUUCUUGCCAAUGGAGGAGGAUCUAAGAACAGUGGUGAUGAUCCAGGACUCUUGA